AUGAGGCUUCUUGCGAAUAAUUUGAGUCCUACAACAGCUCAAGAGAUAAAGGAUUUCUCAGAAUGGAUACUAAAAUUUGGUGAUGGAAAGAUUUCUGAACCUAAUGAUGGUGAAGUGAUGAUAGAUAUCCCUGAAGAGUUUUUAAUCACAACUGCAGAUGAUCCUAUUGAGCUUGAAGGUGAGGAAAGAACAUACCUAAGUUCUGAUUCUAUUGAUGCAGCUGAUAAACGUUUUGAAAAUAAUCCAGUGCUUACACCCGAUUUCUUAAAUAGCCUAAAGGUAUCUGGAGUUCCAAAUCAUAAAAUUAGAUUGAAGGUGGGUUGUCCAGUAAUGUUGUUGAGGAAUAUUGAUCCAAGAGGAGGGCUAAUGAAUGGAAUAAGGUUGCAGAUCACACAAUUGGCUGAGUUUGUUUUGGAAGCUAUCGUGAUUACAGGAGACAGACUGGGCGAUAAAGUACUCAUUCCAAGGAUAUUGCUCACUCCUUCAGAUACUAAACUACCAUUCAAAAUGCGGCGAAGACAGUUACCGUAA